UAUAGUUUUUGUAAUCUGAUAAUCUUGAUGGCUUGACAAGACAAAUUUCAUGCCUACUCAAAGUUCUUCUCUAUGUUUUUAGAAGAUUUACAUUUUUCUGACACACAUAUGCAGUCACACUGAUCAUUUAUUGUUAUGUGUUGGCCCACAAUGAGUAUUACUUCAUAAAUAUGUACAUGUUUGGGAAAGGAAGUAUUUCACCAACUGCUGAUUUAUUUUAUUUUUUUUUCAGUAUGCCCAUUCAUAAAGUGCAUAUUUUAUUGUGGGCUUAUUCCUUAGCCACUCAUUGGUCAUGUGUUUGGUCAUCACCAUGUUCCUCAUCUUCAUUGUUCUGGCUGAGGAGGUUCUCGUCCAAGAUUUUGAAGUUUUUGAGCCCUUUCAUGCAAGCUCCUCCAUAGUUCUUCUGAGUUCAGCAUUCACAAUCAUUAUCAUCCAAGAUAUAUAGUUUGUUUUUGUUGUUGUUGCUGCUGCAUUUCCAAUUUAUGACACAGUGUUCUCACCAAAAUUCUUGUUGGUGGUCUUGUGGUUUGUUCCGGCCUUGUGCAGGUCAGAAAUCAGCUCGUAUAUUCAAUCUGUCGUCCUUAUGGCAUGGAAGAAGUGUGAAAGACCAUGAAACAUUUCUCAGUUUAGUCGAGACUCGAGACCAUUGAGGUACUUAAUAGUAGUUUCAAAAUACAGGUCAUCCAUAUUUGUGUUCAUUCGUCAAAAUUUACUUGAUUUACUUGAAAUCAGUUAGCCUUGUUGUUCCGUCUACGUUUUUUAAGCUGAUUUUUUUCUUUCGAGUGAAUUCACGAAGUCCAGCAAUUUUAACACUGUAGCCAGCAUCUCACUUGGCAUCAUUUUUUUCAAUGAACAGUUCCUCUUCCUCAUAACACACAAAACAACUCCCUUGAAUUGAUUUAAUUUCAACAUGUGCAUUGGUUGGACUUGCACAUGAUUAAAAUGUGGUAAAUUGACAUAUUAUUUGAAGAUUUUUGAGAAGAGGGGAAUUUGCAACCGAUGUACAGUUUGAUCAAACUGAUUACUUUUUCGACUGACUCUGGCCACUGUGUUGCCCUCGUACUUUUUGAUCUGACUGCAGCCUUUGAUACUGUGGACCAUGACAUCCUGAUUACUCGUUUGGAGCAGUGGGUGGGCAUCAGAGGCACAGCACUUGAAUGGUUCAGGUCCGACAUGUCUCAGCGAGCCUUUUGUGUUAGCCUUGCUGACUCUGUGUCCUCCCCCUUCACAUGGGGUGCCACAGGGUUCCGUGCUUGACCCUCUCUUAUUUUCCCUCUGUUUACUCCCACUUGGCAAAAUUCUCAGGAAACAUGGUAUUUAUUUUCAUUGCUAAGCAGAUGACAGUCAGAUCUACGCCCCCCUUAAAAAGGCAUUCUCCUACUGUGCUAAGCCAUUGCUAGAGUGCUUACAUGAUAUUAAGGCCUGGAUGUCUCUUAACGUUUUAAAUUUGAAUGAGAAAAUGACGGAGGUCUUUGGUUGCACUUCUUUUACCCACCUCGUUGAUCUGGGUCCCUUGGCGCAAUAUCAAAAGGGCAUCAUUCACAACCUGGGUGUAAAAGUGGACACUGAUCUUAAGUUUGACACCCAAAUUAAAGCCGUGGUUAAAUCUAGCUUUUUCCAAUGAAGGCAGCUAGCAAAAAUGAAACUGGUCCUACGGAAGCAUCACUUUGGAAUAGUAAUCCACGCCUUAGUGACCGCCCGAAUGGAUUACUGCAAUGCACUAUAUUACGGGGGGUCAGUGGGUCCUCCAUUGCUUGUCUGCAACUGGUUCAAAAAGCUGCGGCUCGUCUUUUAACUGGCACAAGAAAGUAUGAUCAUACCUCACCUAUUUUAGCUUCACUCCACUGGCUGCCUGUUGGUUUUAGGAUUCAUUUUAAAAUUCUUUUAUUUGCUUUGAAAGCCUUGAAUGGCUUUGCCCCAUCGUAGCUCUCUGAGGUGCCGCGCCCCGACAUUCCGGGUCAGGUCAGCUGACCGGCUGCUCCUGACAGAGCCCAGAGCCAGGCUUAAACUUCGAGGUCAGCGAGCGUUUGCUGUUGCAGCUCCAAAACUCCGGCAUGUUUGCCCACUGCACAUCAGACAAGCCUAAUCUUUGUCUCAUUUGAAAUCCUUGCUUAAAACCCAUCUUUUCACCCAGGCUUUUAACACCAGUUAGCGUGUGAUGUAUGUGUUGUGUGGGCAGUGUAUUUUAUUCCAUGUUGAUUUUACCUACUUCAUUUUCUGUAGUUUUUCUCAUUUUAUUUGAUUGUUUUUAUCCUCAUUUUGUAUUUCUUGCUGUGUUUUUAUUGCAUUGCACAGCACUUUGGGAACCUUGUGUUUGUCUAAAUUGUGCUAUAUAAUGAAAUGGGAUUGGAUUGUCACAGUCAAUGUCAAUAUACAAAUGCGGCAAAUAUUUCCAAACUGUUAAAAAUCCGUAUUGACGAAUGAUUAAGCAGUUCAUGAAAGAAAUACACAUGAUCCGAUUGAAAUAAACGAAUGCUACUUUGUAGCAUUGCAUGCAUGCAGCCAAAAUGCUCAACAAGAUUAAUACCAUUUUCGUGCUUUCUGAUGUAUUCGAGCCCGGGUAAAUAUUUUUUUUCAUGGAGUCACUGUCACUGACACUGUGUGAUAUGAAAUCAUUGUUGUAUAGAUGUCCGGAUUACUGACUUAAUUCCAUCGUUAAUUUGACAAACAAGAAGGACACACGUAUUGACAAAAAGAAAAGCUCUUGUAUUACUCAUUUUAUACUCUAAGGGACGCUAUUGGUCAAUCCAACAGUGAGCCUGUGUUAUUUCUCUCUUUAUCUUCCCACUCGUGUCGACGAUGAGGGGAAAGAGGCGGUGUGCAUCCUUUGGGCAGGCAUUGAGAGGAACGUGCUCGCCUUCCUUGUUGUCGAAAUAGGCCGUCUCAAUCCAGCAAUUUUCGUCGUUGUCAAGUUUUUUGAUAUGACAAGAAGCAGCAUCGUUUUGGGGGCUAAUUUUGAAACGUAUUUGCAUUUUACGAUGGCAAACGGAACACCUCCCAGCACUUUGUGCAGAAAAGGGCGCAUCGUCAGCUGGCUUCUGUUGUUUCUCCUUUUUGUCAGCCCAGCGGUCGACGGAAAUAUACGGUAUUCAAUCCCGGAGGAGAUGAAGAAAGGCUCGGUGAUCGGAAACGUAGCACAAGACCUCGGUUUGGAUUUGAAAAGACUUUUGUCCGGGCGGGCCCGCAUCGUGACGGGAGAGAGCGUCGAGUACACCGAGCUGCUGGCAAACAAAGGGACUCUGGUGGUCAGUGAGAGGAUCGACCGAGAGCAGCUUUGCGGAGAUGUGACGCCGUGCAGUUUCGGCUUUGAGGUGAUUUUAGAAAAGCCCACGGAGCUCCAUCACGUCACAGUUGAAAUUACAGACAUUAACGACCACUCGCCGACGUUCAAGAGAAACGACAUCCGUUUUGAAAUCAGCGAGAUUGCCAAUACUGGCGCUCGAUUUUCUCUGACGAGCGCCGAGGACGCAGACGUAGGCGUCAAUGGCCUCCGGGAAUAUUUGUUGUCCGAGAAUGACUAUUUUGUGUUGAAGCAGCAUUCAAAUACAGAUGGCAAGAAAUAUGCGGAGAUGGUGCUUCAGAAGCCGCUAGACAGGGAGACGCUCCCCAGUCUGUCUUUAAAAUUAAUAGCCGUGGACGGCGGAAACCCGCAAAGGUCUGGGACGGUAAAUAUUCAUAUUUCCGUACUGGACGUGAACGACAACGCGCCUGUUUUCAACCAAUCCGUGUACAAAGCCGCCGUCAUGGAGAACGCUGCUCACAAUCAUUUUGUGGUCACGGUGAAUGCCAGCGACGCAGACUUCGGGUCGAAUAGUCUUGUGACUUAUCAUUUUGCAGACAUGGACAGCGGCCUGCGUGACGUGUUUGCCAUCGACGAAACCAAUGGUGUUAUUUCCGUGAGGGGCUCUAUUGAUUUUGAGAAAAACAAAAAAUACGAGCUGAGAAUAGAUGCCAAGGACCAGGGAGGUUUGACGGACUCGUGUAAAGUGAUCGUUGACGUCAUUGAUGUGAAUGACAACGCCCCCGCGAUGAGCGUCAUGUCCUUCACGAGUCCGGUGUCGGAGGACUCCCCUCCUGGCACAACUGUUGCAAUCAUCAACGUGAAAGACGCUGACUCCGCUGAAAACGGAAAGGUGACGUGCAGAAUUGAGCAAAAUUCACCUUUUCAAAUCCUAUCGAACUUGAGAAAUUAUUACACCUUGUUAACAGACGCGCCUUUAGAUCGUGAAAGUGUUUCCGAAUAUAACAUCACAGUCGUUGCCACGGACGCAGGGCUUCCUACUCUGUGGACCCAAAAAACCUUGAAUCUGAAAAUCUCUGACGUCAACGACAAUGCUCCAGUGUUUUCGCGCGGCCUUUACAGCGCGAUUAUCACAGAAAAUAACACUCCUGGAAAUUCUAUCAUCACACUUACUGCUAAAGAUCCUGAUCAUAGUCAAAAUGCGCGUGUUUCUUAUAUUUUAGAGGAUGCUAGUAUUGGUGGAUCUCCAGUGUCUGAGUAUGUUACUAUAAAUGCCCAAAGCGGAAUCAUCAGCGCCGUGCGCUCCUUCGACUACGAGCGGAUGAAGCGGCUGGACUUUGCGGUGCGAGCGCAGGACGGAGGCUCCCCUCCUCUCUGUAGCAACGUGAGCGUGGGCGUCCUGAUCCGGGACCAGAACGACAACGCCCCUCAGGUCCUGUACCCGGUCCAGCCGCACGCCGAAAUGGUGCCUCGUUCGGCAGACGCGGGCUAUCUGGUGACUAAAGUGGUGGCCGUGGAUGUGGACUCUGGACAGAACGCCUGGCUCUCCUAUAAAGUGCAGCACAAAUUUGGGGGCGCAGACAGGGGGGCGCUGUUUGAAGUGGGCCUCCACAAUGGAGAAAUGCGAACUGUCCGCCAAGUGACUGAUAAAGAUGCUGUCAAACAAAGACUGACUGUCGUAGUGGAGGACAACGGGCAGCCCUCUCGUUCGGCUACGGUCGCGGUCAACGUGGCGCUGGCGGACGGCUUCCCCGAAGUGCUGAGGUCGGAGUUCGCCGACGACUUUAGCGAGGACUACGACGACCGGCUGACUUUUUACUUGGUCUCGGCUUUGGCCGCGGUCUCCUUCCUCUUCGUCGCCUGCUUGCUGCUUAUCGUGUCGCUCAAAGUGUACAGGUGGAGACGGUCUCGCGUCCUGUACCGCUCUGACCUCCCCGUCAUUCCGUAUUAUCCGCCGCGCUACUGCGACACUUUGGGGACGGCGGGGACGCUCCCGCACGUCUACAACUACGAGGCGUGCGCCGCCGCCAAGAGUCACGUGACGAACACGCAAGCCGUGAGUCAAAGUUUAGUGAGUGUGGACGGAGCGGACGCUGACGUGCCGCACGGCGGCGAGCAGACGUCGGGGAACUGCUCUCGGAUGUCGACUUUGGUGAGUCAGAUCAGUACACUUGUUUCAAUAUAUGUUUGUUUUCAGAGUUUAUAUCAUGGAGAAGCCUUGUUCUUGUAUUGAUGCAUAUUUUAAAGUCAUUACAUUUCAUCUACAGUCGUGUUCAGAACCUGAAAGCUAGGCUUGAGUAAAAGUACACAGAAAUAGGGCAUCUUCUCGUUGGAAAGGGGAAAAGAGAUUUGGUGGUCGAACCUCAAAGUAAAGGAACUCAUUCAAGGAACGAGGUUAGCUGAGAAGAAGUGGAACACUGAGAGGAGGAGAAAAUAAUACAUUGAGAUGCGAUGUAGGGCUAAGGUCGAAGUGGCAAAGGCCAAACCAGAGGCAUAUGAUCACCGGUUGGACACUAAAGAAGGAGAAAAGGAUCUAUACAGGUUGGCCAGACUGAGGGGGAGAGAUGGGAAGGAUGUGCAUCAGGUAAGGGUGAUUAAGGACAGAGAUGGAAAUGUGUUGACUGGUGCCAGAAGUGUGCUAGCUAGAUGGAAAGAAUACUUUGAGGAGUUGAUGAAUGAGGAAAAUGAGAGAGAAGGGAGAGUAGAAGAGGCAAGUGUGGUGGACCAGGAAGUGGCAAUG